UCUCAGAACAGCAGACAUGUCAUCGCCCGAGCAGAUCAUUGCGAUCGUGAUGGAUGACAAAACGUACAACGUGAGUAAAAGCAAACUCAUAGAGAAGAGCGAUUACUUCCGUGCGCUAUACAGCUCAGGGAUGCGAGAGGCGGCGGAGGAUUCGGUGCAGCUGCAGGGACUGAGCGCACCUGGUCUGGAGCUCGUGCUGGAGUUCAUAAACACCUCUAAAGUUCAAGUUUCCAACGAAACACUGGAAGACCUCAUCGAAACGGCAUCCUUCCUGCAGGUCACGUCCAUAUUAAAACUGCUGCUGUCGGAAAUCAGAACUGAUAACUGCGUUGAGCUCUACAAACUGUCUGAAGUGUACGGAGCGCACGAUCUGCGUCACGCAUGCUUGAAAUAUAUGAGCUGCUAUUAUCAUCCCAUGCUGCGCAGGCCGGAGUUUCGGAUGUUGCCAGCAGCUCUCCGGGAUGAGAUCAGAGAUAUGCGCAUGAAAGGCAUGGCCACUUUAGUGGCAAUCGGGGACUUCACGGAUACUUGUUUGGAUUUGGCAAACCAGGACGAACCGUGGAACAUGUUGAGGUAUAAUGAAUUAGAGCAACGCUGGAAACCUCUUGCCAACAAUCUUCCUUCAGACAUGAUCAAUGUGAGAGGUUAUGGAUCUGCCGUUCUGGACAACUACCUGUUUAUUGUUGGUGGGUACAGAAUGACUAGUCAAGAGAUCUCGGUCGCCCACUGCUACAACCCUUGCAAGAAUGAGUGGAAUCAUGUAGCAUCUUUAAACCAAAAAAGAUCCAACUUCAAGCUCUUGGCGGUCAGCGGCAAACUAUAUGCAGUUGGAGGUCAUUGUCUGGGUACGGUGGAGUGCUACAGUCCCGAACAGGACUGGUGGACGUGUGUCUCCUCUUUGCCCAACCCACUGGCUGAGUUCUCAGCUUGUGAUUGUCAAGGCAUGAUCUAUGUCAUGGGCGGUUAUACGGCUAGAGAUCGGAACACCAGCGUGCUGCGCUACUGCCCUGCCUCUGACACAUGGUCUGUGAUUCAUUCCUGCUCCGCUCAUGUACGCAAGCAGCUGAUGCUCUCAGUGGAAGACACCAUCUACCUGGUGGGCGGCUACACGCAUGAGCUAGAACCAGCAGAAGCAGGACGUCGGAGGAGUAACCAGACCGAUGACAUGUUGACGGUACAGUCCUACAACGUGCAGACGGGCGACUGGCUGCAGCUUAAGGAAAACACAUCCAAGUCGGGCCUGAAUCUCACCUGCACGCUGCACAACGACGGUAUCUACAUCAUGAGCAGAGACGUCAGCUUGCCCACCAGCUUGGAGCAUCGUGUCUUCCUCAAAUACAACAUAUUCUCAGACGCUUGGGAGAGUUUUCGACGUUUCCCAGCUUUGGGACAGAACAUGCUGCUUUGUUCUCUUUACCUGCCAAAUGUCCUAUGAGCUGCAUUGCUCUCGCUCUGGGGAUUUUGGGAUGGCUGCAGACUGCUGGGAGACAUAUUCAGAAACCCAGCCAAUCGGAAGACUGAUCAGAAACGACAGCAAAGCUGUCAGAAUGUUUAGCCAGCACAAAGAGGCUCCCCGCUAGGGAAGUUAAAUGAGCACCAUAGUCCUUUGAGGUAUCCAUGAAUUUCAAGUGUUAUUAUUAAUUUAUAUGUAUAUAAGUUUACAUUGGGAGGGAUAAAACACUUAAACAUUGCCUACAUGCACAGAUGUAUCUAACGCCAACGUAUGGAUUUUUAUUAUAUAAAACUUGACAUUUAUGGCUAUGUAAACUAAUAAGCAUUCAGUAAGAUUCACAAGACCUGUAAAAGGGCCUUAAGAGUGAAAUGAGAGCACUAAUAAACAAAUACGUAAGCUCUAUAUACACCUUAACAUAAAGGUUUUGAAGUGUGAGCUGUUUGUGCCUGGAUGGUCUAGACUUUGAUCUGGACUUACUUUUCAGAACUUUAUUUACUCACCCUCAUGUAAUUUUAUACCUGCAUAAAUGACUUUGUUCUGAUAAGAUAUUUGGAAGAAUUAUAGAAAUUUUCAUUUCUGGGACAUAAUUGACUUCCAUAGUAGAAUAAUUAAAUGUUAGUCAAAGAUGCUCCAAAACUUUUUGCUUUCAUAAAUCCUUCAAAAUAAUAAAUUUUAUGUUCAACAGAGCAAAAAAAAAAUUCUAGAUUGUGUGGAUGUGUCCUAGAACUGAAAAUUGCUAACAUUCUUUGGUUUUCAACAGAACAAAUACGUUUAUACAGAUUUGAAACACCCUGAGGGUGAGUAAAUGAUGACCUAUACCUUUAAAUACACUGUUAAUAACAGUCUUAUGCAUUUUUCUCAAUAUAUCUAGGAGAAGUGUCUUAAAAUGUGCUGCACAAAUACAUAAGCCUUAUGUAUCUACACUUAAGCCUGACCCAAACCGCUGUGAUUUUUUUGACCUGCUGAGAUAAGUUAUCUUGAAAGAAACGGACACACUUUUUUCGUGAAGAAUGAAGUGUUUGUGGUUUAGGGUUAAUACAUUACAUAUUUUCCUAUGAUAAGCCAAAAUGGAUGAGGGUUGUGUUUUGAGCAUUCCCGCAGUUGCCUUGAAAAUGUACUUGAGUUCAAGUUUAAAAUGUUCAUAGAAAUAAAUAAAAGGCUUUAUUU